ACUUACCCUUAGCCGGCGCCGGCCUGAUUCGGACGCCAUUUGCAAGAACAGAAUUGAACUAUCUUCUUUAUGUAAUCCACACAAAUGUCGUCGAUUUUCAUAUUCAAUCACCAACCCUUUGUAUCAUCCAAAACCCUCACUAAACCCUCUUAUUACUUCCAUAUUCAAAAUCUUCUUCCUUUCCAAAAACCUAACCUUCCCCACAGACUUAUCCGCUUUCGUUCUUCCGCUGCUGCCGUAAACCAUGCCGAUUCGCAAACACUUCCUCAAUCCGCCAUUAAAAGAAUCGCCGAGAAGCUUCGCAGCCUCGGUUACGUCAGUGACGACGAGGACGAUGUUAAACGAACCGACGACACGAAGAAUACUUCACCAGGCGAGAUAUUUAUUCCUCUUCCCAAACACUUGCCAAAGUACCGAGUUGGCCACACGAUAGACACGAGCUGGAGCACACCGGAGAAUCCGGUUCCGGAGCCUGGAUUUGGAAACGCGAUACAGAGGUUUCACGAAUUGAGGAAUGGUGUUAGGAGAGAAAAAAUUAAGGAGAAAGAGAAGGGAAUAGUUGAGAGGAAAGAGAAAGUGCCGACCUUUGCGGAGCUGACAUUGCCCAAGGAGGAGCUUCGGAGACUGAGAGCAAGCGGAAUUGGAUUAAAGUUGAAAUUGAAGGUUGGAAAAGCGGGGAUUACAGAGGGUAUAGUCAAUGGAAUUCACGAAAGGUGGAGGAACACCGAGCUUGUUAAGAUUGUAUGUGAUGAUAUUUGCAGGUUGAACAUGCAGAGGACUCAUGAUUUACUGGAGAAAAAAACUGGCGGCAUUGUUAUUUGGAGGUCAGGGAGUAAGAUUAUACUGUACAGAGGGGCUAAUUAUAAAUAUCCUUAUUUCUCAGCUGAAAAUCCUUUGGGUGAAACAAAAUCAAGAGAGGACUCGGCCAUAGAAAUGAAUAAGGAAGAAGAUUCAUUUGUCAUAGAGGACACUGCAAAUGAUUCAUCUGCUGCUGCUGCUGGUGGACCAAGUUUGUCCACUAAAACGAAUAAGCCACCAAUUGUAAAAGGUGUCGGCUAUCAAAGUAGAGUACGAUUCCAGCUUCCUGGUGAGUUGCAAAUGAUUGAAGAGGCUGAUCGUUUGUUAGAUGGAUUGGGUCCAAGAUUUACAGAUUGGUGGGGAUGUGAGCCUCUGCCUGUUGAUGCUGAUCUUCUACCUGCAGUUAUUCCUGGUUUCAAGAAGCCCUUCCGUCUUCUUCCUUAUGGUGUCAAACCUACACUAACUAAUGAUGAAUUGACAAUACUGAAGAGACUUGGUCGACCUUUACCAUGUCAUUUUGCAUUGAGUAGAAACCGCAAACUUCAGGGAUUGGCAGCUUCAAUUGUGAAGCUCUGGGAAAAAUGUGAGAUUGUAAAAGUUGCAGUUAAGAGAGGAGCCCAGAACACUAAUAGUCAAUUAAUGGCUGAAGAGCUGAAGCGGCUUACUGGAGGGUCCCUUCUUUCACGGGACAGUGAGUUUUUUGUUCUCUAUAGAGGAAAGGAUUUCCUGCCUGCUGCAGUUUCUUCCGCAAUUGAAGACCGGAGGAAAAAUGUUAAUAGAGUUGAGAAGAAGGCAUUAUUCGAUUCCAAAUUGUCUCUGCCGGAGCACUCACACAAUAGCAUGAACGAUGGUUCUCAAGAUGACUGUGAUGUGAAAAGCAACCAGAUAAAUAAUCCUUUAUCUGAAGAAAUGAAAUUGAAGACUACUGAAGCUGCUAUUAAAAGGACUAGCUCCAAAUUGGAAACGACAUUACAAAAGAAAAUGAAGGCAGAGAAGCUUCUUGCUGAACUGGAGAAAGAAGAACUUCACCAAGUUGCUGAAGUUGAUAAGGAAGGCAUUACUAAAGAGGAAAGGUUUAUGCUGAGGAAAGUUGGUUUGCAAAUGGGGCCAUUCUUGCUCUUGGGUAGAAGAGGUGUCUUUGAUGGAACAAUUGAGAACAUGCAUCUACACUGGAAGUAUAGAGAACUUGUGAAAAUAAUUUGUGGUGGAAGAAAUAUAGAAGAGAUUCAUGGAGUAGCACGUGUGCUUGAGGCAGAGAGUGGUGGAAUCUUAAUAGCUGUGGAAAGAGUGAGUAAAGGUUUUGCAAUAAUAGUAUACCGAGGAAAGAACUAUGAACGUCCUACUAGCUUGAGGCCUGAGACACUCUUAAACAAAAAAGAGGCAAUGAAACGCUCUUUGGAAGCCCAACGCCGUGAGUCCUUGAAACUUCACGUUUUGAAGCUUAACGACAGUGUAGAUGAUUUGAAGCUACAGUUGGACAAGGACAAGGAAACAAUCAGGUCUCUGGAUCUGCUUGAAGUAGAUGGAUCACAAGCAAGCGCGGAGCAAGAACACAAACACGUGUUAAAUGAAGCAACAACCAUAGCUGGAUCAUCGCAUAAAGAAACAUUGGCAUCUUCAUCUGUGAGUGACCAAGCCAUAGCUGGAUCAUCGCAUAAAGAAACAUUGGCCUCUUCAUAUGUGAGUGACCGAGCCAUAGCUGGAUCAACGCAUAAAGAAACAUUGGCCUCUUCAUCUGUGAGUGACCAAGGAGAUGAUACCGACUCUGUGUUAUGUCACGACGAUAAUGAGUCACUCGGUGCAAUAAGCUUCAUUCCAAAAAAUAACAAAAAAUUCCAUGUUUUUCAUGGCAAUGACAUGAAAAAUAGUGAUAAGCCAUCCAGAUCUCUACAACUUUCCAAUAAAGAGAAACUUGCUUUAAGGAAACAGGCUCUCAGUAUGAAAAAGCGGCAGCGUCCUGUGCUUGCUGUAGGAAAGAGUAACAGUAUAACUGGAAUUGCUAAAACAAUCAAUACCCACUUUGAAAAGCAUCCUCUGGCCAUAGUGAAUGUGAAAGGAAGAGCCAAGGGAACUUCAGUCCAGGAACUGGUCUUCAAACUUGAGGAAGCAACAGGUUCCGUCUUAGUCUCACAAGAGCCAAGUAAAGUGAUACUCUACCGAGGUCAGGGAGCUGGGGAUAAUAAAUUAGCCAGUAGAAAGAGCUCAAAAAAAUUAGCAGCAGAGGGCAGAAAUGGUGAGGUUGCCCGGUCUCUUGUUUCUCCACAACUACUGAUGGCCAUGAGAAUUGAAUGUGGGUUGCUUGAUGAUAAGAAAGAGCAGGACGAAGAAGAUGAAGUAGUUUCGGUAGUUUCUGGUACAGAUACAGUUCUUGAGUAGAAUUAAGGGUUAGAUGAGAAACAGAUUGUAGAAGGAGAAGAGAACAUGAAAGACUUUAUGAUAUCUUUUAUAGA